GUCGCGCGUUGUCAGUGGGGAGUCCCGAGAACGCGCUCGGAGUAGAGGAAGGAGGGCGCGCACUGCGUCUGGGCAGAAAAGAUCCGGGCGGCGGGGACGAGCCCGUCUUGUGGGCGCCCACGUGAGUGUACGUACUGAGCGCUGACGCCACCGGUCGGAAGCAGCAUGGCCUUGUUACAUCGAGCCGCCCGACUUCUAGUCUGCCAGACCUGGACUGCCAUUAACACACAGACCUUCAGCCUCUCGGCAUCGUGCGGAGCCAUCCAGAAGCUGACGCGGGUUCGUGUGGUGGAUAACAGCGCCCUGGGAAAUACGCCGUAUCACAAGCCCCCCCGCUGCAUCCAUAUUUACAACAAGUCCGGUGUGGGGAAGGUUGGAGAUAAAAUCCUCUUGGCCAUAAAGGGGCAGAAGAAAAAAGCGCUGAUAGUGGGCCACAAGAUGCCCGGACCUUCCAUGACCUCCCGCUUUGAUUCCAACAAUGUGGUACUUAUAGAAGACAAUGGCAACCCUGUGGGCACCAGAAUCCGGGUUCCAAUCUCAUCCACCCUAAGGAAGGAGGGCGAUCACUCCAAGGUGCUGGCAAUCGCCCAGUCCAUCAUAUGACAGAGACAGGUACUCUUUUCCUGCUUGGACUCCAACAUUAUCCCCUCUAAGUAAUAAAGUGAUACUUUUGUAUAUUA